UCUGUUGCUCAGUGGACGACAUGCACUUGUACGAGUCGAGCAGCUGAGCUGCGGCAUGGAUUUUCAACCUUCUCUGUCAGAGUAGCACCGGCGUGAUGGACUUGGAACACAUGGAGGGGAGCCCGGUUCUCCCAGAGGCCAUCAGACUCACAGAGGAGGUGGAGGCGAUGACCAACCAAGUCCUGGAGAUCAUCGGUGGCAUCACCAAGGAGCCUGUGGGGAAGGGUGAAUUGAAAGACUCAUGGUCAGUGGCAGAGGGAGACGACUCGGUGUUUUACAGCGAUGAGGAACAAAACCAGGAGGACACAGAGUCGGACAAGUCAUGUGACUCAGGAGACAGGCGACUUGUCAACAGUGAAGCAGAGAGCAGCUCUUCUCCCCAGGUGGAGGAAGAGCCAUCUUCACUUGAUUCCACUGAAGAGGUAGAGACCACAGAGGUGAACGAAGGUGAGCAAGAGACCCCUGCUGUGGUCCAUGGUGGAGAGCCUGAACCUGUGAGUGAAGCCGACCCAGAACCAGCUGCUCUCUCUGAGGAGUCAAACUCCACCAUCUCAACAAUACAGCUGGACCCUGAAGAGCCUCCAGAAGAGUCGCACCAGGAACCUGAAAAGGCUGAAGAGGAGACGCGCACUGAGCAGGACAUGGAGCCGGAGCAGAGCCCUCCAGCCGAAAAUAAAACCUCCCUCCGCGAGAAUGUUGGUGAAAGUCAGCACUCGAAGAAGGAAAGCGAGUUCCACAUCCCGGUGGUCUCCCUUCGAGACCCCAGCCCCGGGUACUCCACCCUCCCCCUCACCAAGAAAUGCUCCCGCAGCACCGAGACGCUCGACUCCUUCGACCACCUCACCUCCUCCAAAUACAGCACCGUCUCCUACCGCAAGAUCCGCCGAGGAAACACCCGGCAGAAGAUUGAGAAGUUUGAGUACAUGAUCAUGAAUUUGUAGUCGCUGUGAUCGGAGGUGCACAGCAGAUGACAUGUUUCCAUAUCAGGUUCCUAUGUAAGUAAGCAGCUUAAAAGCUAAUCUGAGCAGCGAUAAGAACCAGGACCUGAUCAUAAACUAAGCAGCGCUGAAAUUCCACUGAGCUCCACAGCGCCUACUACUGGUACUUGUUGCUACAGCAGCCAUCCUCCUCUGCCUCGGUAGCAUGCUCUCAGCCGCAGGGUUCACUUCAACACAAAUGGAACGGUGCCAUGAAGUCUUCUGCUAGAUUCAGCUCGAUUUUGCUUUAUAUUAAAAAUAUCCUGAACUAAGAAGGAAUGAAGGGCGGAGCUGAAGUCUUGCUAUGCAUAAAAUCAUUUUCUUGUGAUGUUAAUUCAUAUUGUCACGAUAACGAUAGAAAAAAGAAUUCAAGAAUUACCUCCACAAUAACAUAAAUUAAACAAAAAACGAAAUAAAAAUCAAAGAUGUCAA